AUGCCACCAAAGCCGACAGAGAAACGCUCGGCAUCUGCCUCCGUAGAUGCUUCUGGGGACAAGUCGGCUACUGACCAGGAGGAUAACGACAUGGCAGCUCCCAACCAUCCAAACAAAAAGGCCAAUGUGGAAAAUUCGCAGACUGGCCAGAGUUCGUCCAAGUCACAGGAUGUGUUCGUCACCGCAGCAGCAGCAAAGGCAGCGGCAGACGCAGAGGCAGCGGCAGGGGCAGCGACAAAUGACCAUAACCCAACAACGCCCAUGGACAUUUCCCCCGCCCAACAGGCACCGUCAAUCCUCCAUCAAGCGGCCACCAUUCGCCGCAGCCAGGCAGCAACGGAAGAAGUAGCAGCACCCCGUUCUGAGGCUCAGAUGAUCGAACAGCUCCCAGAAGGUCUUCAAAAAUCUUUCGAACGCGAGUGGCAGAUUCCCGCCCUUCGCACGCACCUGCUUCAGAAGCUGGUGCGCAAGGACGAUGACGAUGACGAUGACGAUGAAGAAGACGUCAAGGCCGAGAUUGCCGGGCUUCACAUGGUCCUCAAAGAUCUCCGAACUACAAAACAAGGAGGCAAAGCUUUGAGCGACGUAGUUGCCGCCGGCCUGCAAAAGACGAAAUCAAAAGGUCUGAUUCAGGCGACUAAACUACUUCAUUGGGCCGACGACUGGUUGACGGAACAAGGUGACAGCUUUUUGUCUGCUCGCUUCGAACCCGGCGGUAUGCCAGACGUGCCCGAGUUUCCGAUCCGCCGACGAGCUGUGGAAGACAGGUGUCUCAACUUGCUGCAGCUGAGUAUUCAGGGUUUGCAAUACCCUUCUCGUGGUCACUUCCCACUCUGGCAAAUGAUCUCGAUGAGAGGAAUGGGCAAAACUUCGUUCGGUGUCCAGCUGCUGUCCAUGCUCUCAACUCGUUUGGAGGAGGACACUUGUGAGUUGGAUCGCGAUGAGAAGCUCCUGGUUUCAUCCGUUCUGAAAAACCCGAGACGAGUCUACAUCGACUUCAACGGUCUUGGCGAUGCCAUUAGCUCCCCCGACCAUGAUCCGAAACGGAGCCUGCUCGCGCCUCGUUUGGUUGCUCGUGCUGAGCUCGGCACCAGCAUCAAGAUCGCACGAUUCAACGCUGCUUUUUGCGCAGCAGAGCCCAACUUCAACGGCGACGCUGUGCUGAACAGAAUCUUCGCGGCGCAUCGAGCAAAGAAUCACAUCCGAGACGAUGAGGUCGCGCUUUUGUUCAUUCACGUGGACGAAGUCCAACUUGCUCACGAGGCUCUCGUCUUAGAGUUGCAGCGAAAUGCGCGGGAAGAUUUCAUCAAGAAUUCAACCCGGACCAAGGAGCAAGUCGAGUCGUAUGUGACCAGCCCGGCAGCCAUCGCGGACUUCAAGUUAAAGGCCAGUGACCGCUUCAAAACAGAAGUCGCCCGGCUCUUGAACUAUAAUUUUUCUGGCCGAUCCCUGCCGAACCUGGUCGUCCUCCUUUUCACCGGGACUGGCGACGCCGGAGUGAGAUUCCAGCCGAACCAAAAUGGAAUUAUGCCGCUCGACCUCGAACCCUUGAGCCAGGAAGACAGCCUAGCUUUUGUUCAACGAUCGGCCCGAUCGACGACACCCUGGCAUUCUGACUGGUUUCAAGACCCUGCCUUUCAACGUCUGGUCGCGGAUUUGGGCGGCUCCCCGCAACUUCUCGCCGCGCUUGUUGCCAGUCGUCCCAAGCAACUUUCCCGCCCUCCUGGUGCCCCGGCUGCCAAAAACAAGGUGCUUUUCGAGGUCGCGCUCAGCUUUCUGCAAACGGAGAGUGUUAUCAAACACAAUCGCGAUUUGUCGUCGAGCGUUGCGCUACGGAUGCUGUGGCUGACAAUGACCCACACCUAUGUGCCACCCGACUAUGUGAUGAAUCCGACAACCGGUGAAACAGUGCAAGAUUUGGCCGAGACGGGAGGCGCUACUCUGGUCCGAAAGGUCGCUGAUCAUGUUGGACUUCGUGUACCGAUUGUCCUGCUGCGACCCAUCCUUGCCAAGAUCCCUGUUGCCGAACGUGCACCCAUUUUGGAUCUUUUCACAUUUCCUUACCAACCGAACAGUGGUCGGGCCUUUGAGCUUGGCCUCGUGGCCACUCUCGCCAUUCGCUUCGGUCAACAAGUCCGGCCGUUCACAAUUCACAACUUGUUCGGCAUUUCUCCCGAUGUCCCGCUUCCCUUCGGCAGCGACAGCACGCAGAGCCUCGAGGCCCCUCGGACCUUCCGAACGACUGCGGCGCCCGUACUGAAUGCAGUGCAAGACACGAGCCCGUUCGUAAUCUCGACCGCCUCGAAACCGACUUUCGAUGCUGCCGAAGCCGUGGAUGCUGUCGACAUCUGGAUGGGCACGAAAGUUCGAGUUCAAGCAGACGCUCCUGGAGUGGUCUUUUUGCACGCUGCAAGCACGUCAGAAUUUGAUGCACGUCUCGUCUUAGAGAGCAUGAACGAUGACGAGCGACCGUUGCUGAUUCUUCUGCAAGCAACGGACGAAGACUUGCCCAAGAAGGGUGACGCAGCUAACAGGACCGCCAAACUCUUCAAAGCGUAUUCGGCCAUUCGCAAUUCGACCUUUGGCAGCAAAUUCGACAUUGUUUUGUGUGUUGUGACUUCGACAACGCUGACAAUGUCGUGCCGGAAGGCGUGGCAGAUCGGACUCGAGAAAGCUGCCACUAAUACGGGUACACAAGCCCCGCCGCUCUGGAUGCUCGAUCCGAACGAUGCUGCUCCGCUGAUGUCAACGUUCCGGCAUGCUACAGUGGUUUCUGAUCCGACAUCGGCCUCUGUUGACGAGCUCUAA